UGCAACUGUCCUUUCUCUUUCUCUUUCUCUAUCUAGAAACUUUUGUUUCUCUCUCUACACAUCAACAAAGAGUAAAAUAGACAGAGAGAAGACCAUUACAUUAACCCCAGCCCCCAAAAAACUAGUCAGUAUUUUUUCUUCUUUGAUGAUACACCUGGCAACUGUUUGACACAGUUUCAGAACUCCUGGUUUACACCUGUUGGAUCCUCUCAAUACUCAAUACCCAAAAGAAAAAUAUAUGCAAUAAACCCAAGAAAAAGCCCCACCCCCCAAAAAAUAUUCUUUGAUUAAUUUCUAUAUACCCAGAAUUGAAUUUUGGGGAAUCCCAAAAAAUCCCACCUUUAUAAUACUACUGGGUUUAUCAUCAUCUGGUCUAAUUUUGGCUCUGUGUUUGUUUUUUCUGAGAUUUUGGGAUCAAACUGAAUUUUGAUCAAGUUUUGUAGUGUAGUUGAAGAGAAGAUUAGUAGAUUACUUAUUUGUUGGGAUUUUAUUGGAAAACUUGAAGCCAAGUUUGGAUUUCCCCCCCUUGUAUUUGUUGGCUUAAGGCACUGUUUGGUAAAUGGUUUUGAGGGCAAGUUGAUUGGAGAAAGGUUUGGUCUUUUAGUGUUUUAAGGAGAAUAAAAAUGGUGAGUGGAACUUUGUUUCAUUGUAGAAAGAACUCAUGGCCACCUGAGGAAUAUAUCAGUAAAUCAACUUUACAAUUGUUUGAUUUUGAUAGUGCUGCACCACCAUCUCAAGCUUGGAGAAGGAAACUAAAUAGCCAUGCUAGCAAGUUAAAAGAAUUUAGUGUAACAUUCACGGAGGCAAUAAAAAUGGUUCGGCUUGGUAUACGUCUAUGGUCAUAUGUAAGGGAAGAAGCAUCCUAUGGAAGGAAAGCUCCAAUUGAUCCCUUUACACGAGAACGCUGCAAACCAUCAGCAUCUCAGGGUGUUCCACUUGGAGGGAUGGGGAGCGGCAGCAUAUCCAGAGGCUUCAGAGGCGAGUUCAAGCACUUCCAGAUUCUUCCUGGAACAUGUGAGACUUCUCCAAUCAUGGCCAAUCAGUUCUCAAUUUUUAUAUCCCGGGAUGGAGGAAACAAAAAGUAUGCAUCCGUUUUAUCUCCGGGAGAACAUGAAGGGCUAGGGAAAGUAAGUGAUCAUGGUAUAUCGUCGUGGGGCUGGAAUCUGAGUGGACAGCAUUCUACAUAUCAUGCACUCUUUCCUAGGGCUUGGACAGUAUAUGAUGGUGAACCAGACCCAGAACUGAAAGUUUCUUGUCGGCAAAUAUCACCAUUCAUCCCACAUGACUACAGAGAGAGCAGUCUUCCUACAUCUGUUUUUGUUUACACUGUAUGCAUACUUUAAAGUCCUGCUAUAUAA